AUUCGCUAUUUUUUCUUUUUAUUUUAUUUCCCUUUUUAUUUUUCAUCUAAAAUGAUUAGAAUUCAGCGAUUAAUAUAUUACAUCUUGAUUUUAUUGUUUUUUGCAUUCAUUUCAUUUACUAUAUUGCCCAAUCUAAAGGCAUCACCGGUUUUACCUUUACAAGAAACUAAACCAAAAGCCGCAAGCAACGCCAACGGUGAAAAGUAUUUAUCAUGGUUCCCUCACAGUGACUUCCCUGAACAACAAGAAGCAUUUAGAAAUGGACUCCGACUUGCUUUGGAAACCAAACGUACCAUCAUUGCACCUAUGCUUCGAAUCAAUAAAAUAUAUCCAUGGCUACCCUUUGAGGAGCUCGCUCAACGUUACGAAGCUCAGGAUAAACCUCAACUUGCAAAGGCAUGCGAUGCCAAGUUAAAGAAUUGGCGAACCGAAUUAGAGCCCUGCGACACAAUGAAUGAUUGGUUUGAGAUUCCAUGGUCUAGUAUCAUGGAUUUAGAUAUCAUCAAGAAGGAAUACGGUAUUCGUAUCAUUGAACGUACACAGGGUCACGGUUGGGGUGUACAUGAAUCCGCUCUCAAUACACCCAUCACACCCGAAGACGUUGCCAUCAUUGACGUCAUGUCAUUUAAAGAAAACGGUACCAAUUGGGAGCGUAUUGACACUGAAAACCCUGAAAAAAAGGAAAAUCGUUUCUCCAGUUGGAUUCAAUCCCAUUUCCUCUCCAAGCAAAAGCUCACUGAACCACUCAAAUACGUAUUAACCCCAGAAAAAUUACUCGAACGAAAUGAAAUGAUCCUUCAAUUUGGUGCUUUAAAUUCCGCUGCUCGUUACGCUACAUCCACCUCUGAAAUUCAACUUGAUCUUCGUAAAGCCAUGAUGAAGACUCGUUUUAACGUUCCCAAUCAGUUGGCUCAACUCACAGAACAAUCGGAUGCUAUUGUCUCUGCUCUUGGUGGUAAGUUUCAGUACAGUACACUCAUCUUGAAUCUGUCCAAAUUGGUCGCAUUAGACGCUCGUGCAGGUACCGUACAAAAGCUAGCUGUUGAUGGUGAUAAACAACAAGAAACCAUACCAGAGAAUCUAUCGAUGGAGUACUUGAGUGAGACAGCCAAAAAGGAACUCAUGGAGGCUGUUGUACUUGAAAUCUUUGGUGAUAUUCCUAUUAAUCAAGCUGUAUCAGCCGCUAUGCCUAUUCAAUCCGGUUCGAAAUUAGCGGACCUCUUAAACCUCGGUCGCUCUUUAAAAACACCCAGUGAUCGACGUCAAUUAUUAGAGGCCUGUGUGGAUUAUCAUAAGAACGUCGAGAACAGAUAUCCUGUUUAUUAUUUGAUGAAUGAUAUGGGUAUCUCACCCGAGACACGUCCUGAUAUCUUUGGUCCACUUCUUAAAAUGUUCCCUUGUAUCUUUUCUGCAGAUGAUAUGAAGAAAUGGCAUAUUCAAACAGAUACUUGGGCUUCUGGUCAACCUGAAUUAAAUGAUCCUGCUAUCCAAUAUGAAAAGUUAUUACAACCUCUGCUCGAUAUUUUAAUUGCCGGCAAAGGUUAUUCAUUUUUCGAAAUUCCAACAACGCCUUUAACUAGAUUCCUUAAUUGGAGCCCUAAAGUAUAAAUCCAAAAAAAAAAAAAAAAAAAAUAAAGAAAAAAAAAACCGAAAC